CCUAUUUUAUAACAGGAAAAAAAAAACAAUUAAUCUCAUGAAAAUCAGUCACCAUAUUCUAGUCUAUCAAUCGAUCAAUAAUGCAUAGGCUAAUCUCUCGGUUCUCCAACUGUGUUUUAACUCAACACAGAUCUUCUUUAUCACCUUCCUGUUCAAUUUCAUGUUUUACACAUCUCUUAAGUUCAAACAAUCAAAAUCCAUGUCAAUCUCAAUCUUCAAAUGGCUCUCCUUACUCAUUCCAUUUCAAUCAAAUUUCAAGUCUUGCAGACUCUAUUGCCAUUAACAACCGCAAUUCUUCAUCUGGGUACUUGCCAAAUUGUGUUAAUCUGAGAAAUUUUGAUGGGAGCAGAGGCUUUAAAAGGAAUUACAGCGGUGAAGCAGAGAAGAGGGAAAGCAUUGAGUAUGAUGUUGUGAUUGUUGGAGGUGGCCCAGCAGGUUUAUCAGCUGCUAUAAGAUUGAAACAAUUGUGUAAUGAAAAGGGUGUGGAUUUGUCUGUUUGUGUUGUUGAAAAAGGUGCUGAAGUUGGUACUCAUAUUCUUUCUGGCAAUGUCUUUGAACCAAGGGCUCUUGAUGAACUUAUUCCUCUUUGGAGACAAGAAGAGGCACCAAUCACUGUCCCUACUUCUUCCGACAAGUUCUGGUUUCUUACAAAGAGCCGUGCGUAUUCACUUCCAUCUCCUUUUGAUAACAAGGGGAACUAUGUUAUAAGUUUAAGUCAAUUAGUGCGAUGGCUGGCUGGGAAAGCUGAAGAAAUUGGAGUGGAGAUAUAUCCAGGCUUUGCUGCUAGUGAGAUACUGUAUAGCGAGAAUGACAGUGUUGUUGGCAUCGGAACUAACGAUAUGGGAAUUUCCAAAGAUGGUUCCAAGAAAGACAACUUUCAACGUGGUGUAGAAUUAAAAGGUCGCAUAACACUUCUUGCCGAAGGUUGUCGAGGAUCCUUGUCAGAGAAAAUAAUCAAAAAGUACAAAUUGAGAGAGAAGGUCAAUGCUCAACAUCAGACUUAUGCCUUGGGAAUUAAAGAGGUCUGGGAAAUUGAAGAGAGCAAGCAUGAGCCUGGUGCAGUUCUUCACACUUUAGGUUGGCCCCUCGAUCGGAAAACCUAUGGGGGAUCAUUUCUGUAUCACAUGAAAGAUAGGCAGGUUUCAAUUGGCCUAGUCGUUGCUUUGAACUAUCAGAAUCCUUACUUAAGCCCUUAUGACGAAUUUCAGAAACUUAAGCAUCAUCCCGCGAUUAAACCACUUCUGGAAGGAGGAUCUGUCAUUCAAUAUGGGGCUCGAACUUUAAAUGAAGGCGGUAUUCAGUCUAUUCCAUAUCCAGUUUUCCCGGGUGGAGCAAUUAUUGGAUGUUCAGCUGGCUUCAUAAAUGUACCUAAAAUAAAGGGAACACAUACUGCUAUGAAAUCAGGAAUGCUAGCUGCAGAAGCUGCAUUUGGUGCUCUUCACGUUGGCUCAAAAUUGGAGUUGUAUUGGGAAACUUUAAAGAAUUCAUGGGUGUGGGAAGAGCUCCAUAGAGUUCGGAACUACCGACCUGCAUUUGAGCAUGGGCUUCUUCCUGGACUUGCUAUAAGUGCAUUAGAGCACUACAUACUGAAAGGAAAGUUCCCCUUCACCUUGAAACAUGGAAAACCGGAUCACGAAGCAACUGAUGUUGCACAAUUACACUCUCCAAUUGACUAUUCAAAGCCAGAUGGAGUUAUAUCUUUUGAUGUACCAACCUCCUUGCACAGGAGCAACACAAAUCAUGAACAUGAUCAACCAGCUCAUCUUCGUCUGAGGGACCCAAAGAUUCCCGAGCUUGUAAAUUUGCCAGAAUAUGCUGGACCAGAAUCACGAUAUUGUCCUGCACGUGUAUACGAGUAUGUAUCAGAUGAAAAGAGUCGGCUGAAGUUGCAUAUCAAUGCUCAGAAUUGUCUGCACUGCAAGGCAUGUGAUAUCAAAGAUCCAAAGCAGAACAUUGAGUGGACAGUGCCAGAAGGCGGAGGUGGCCCAGGCUACUCGGUCUUGUAGUUUUUACAUGGCUUCAUAUUACAACCAUCUCAAUAAUUUAAUCAACAUGGCUUUGCAUGUUUAGUUUACAAGUAACAACAUUCUGUUCAGACACGAGAGCUUAAGGUUUCUAUAUCAGCUCUCAGAUUGUAAUUAUUUAAUAAAAAUAUAGUAACAAUUUAAUUAUAA